AUGGAUCCAACACAAUCAACUUCUACUCAGACCCCAGCGUCUUCAUCUUCCUUUGCAACCACCAUGGCCUCUCUUACACCUUCCUCCACUCUAGCUAGUGCAGUACCCCAACCGCCGAUUCCAUUCACUAUCCCUUCAAAACAAGACCAAACCUUGGCCGCUACUCUACAAUCUACGUCCAUCGGCGCUGCACCUGCUAUGUCUCAGGGUCAACAGCCUUUAUCUCACGUUUUCAACGGUUCCGCCUCAGGGUUACCAGUUGCGCAGGGAAUCAACCCAGGUAGCAUCCAACGAUCGGAAACCGCCCCCGGCGCUCAACCCGCCGCGGACUUAUACCCGCAUCAGAUUACUGGACUUGGGGGUCCUACUGCAACUGCCCCAUUCCUACAGGACUUUAAUCUUGUAGCAGAGGCAGCCAAGCGGGCGCAGAUGGGGAUCGUGAUGCGUGAUCUAGAGAGCGUGACCCUAUAA